UACUUGCCCCGCUCCCUCCUCCCUACUUUAAUGCUAGCUAAGAUGGUGGUUUGAGCGUAAAUUGUCUCCACAAUACCAAGAAAAACAGAGGGGCAAAAACACCUUAAUAGCCUUUUAUUUACAACAGAACAACACAUCUACGGUUAUCUUAAGUGGCCGUUUGUAGAAAUUUGGACAUUUCAGACACAUUGGCUCGCAGUCCCCGCCCAAUUUGGUGUGACUCCCUUGGAGAGGAAUCUAAGCUAAAUACGGACAGGCCCUGUGCUCUGUGACCAGCUUCAAUACUCACCCUCGCUGCGCCAUAGGAUGUCCCACAGCCCUGAAAUGAAGGACGACCCCAUGGAGUGCCCCUUGUGCAUGGAGCCGCUGGAGAUUGACGACGUCAACUUCUUUCCCUGCACCUGCGGCUACCAGAUCUGCCGCUUCUGUUGGCAUCGCAUCCGCACAGACGAGAAUGGCCUCUGCCCCGCCUGCAGAAAGCCGUACCCAGAGGACCCUGCUGUGUACAAGCCUCUGUCACAGGAGGAGAUCCAAAGGAUAAAGAAUGAAAAGAAGCAAAAACAGAAUGAGAAAAAGCAGAAGGUGACAGAAAACCGCAAGCAUCUGGCAAGUGUCAGAGUGGUCCAGCGAAACCUGGUGUUUGUGGUGGGGCUCUCACAGCGACUCGCCGACCCGGAGGUCCUAAAACGACCAGAGUAUUUUGGGAGGUUUGGGAAAAUCCAUAAAGUGGUCAUCAACAAUAGCACAUCUUAUGCAGGUUCACAGGGGCCUAGUGCCAGCGCUUACGUCACUUACAUCCGCUCUGAAGACGCUCUAAGAGCAAUACAAUGUGUGAACAAUGUGGUUGUUGAUGGCAGAACACUCAAGGCUUCUUUAGGCACAACAAAGUACUGCAGUUACUUCCUCAAAAGUAUGCAGUGUCCUAAACCUGAUUGUAUGUAUCUACAUGAGCUGGGGGAUGAAGCAGCUAGCUUUACUAAAGAGGAAAUGCAGGCGGGAAAACAUCAAGAGUAUGAGCAGAAACUCCUCCAAGACCUCUAUAAAAUUAACCCUAGCUUUCUACAACCUCCAGCAUGUGGGACAGAGAAGUCAAAGAGUAAAUCCAACUCCACACAGAGAACCAACAAUAGCAAUGGUAAAGAUGGGUGGCCGACGCUGUCAGGGCAUAACAAACUGGCCAAUGGGCUUUCAGAGGACCGCAAGUCCCCUCCGCUGCUAGACUAUCUAGACCAAGAAGUUAUUACUUCAGAUGGGCUAGAUACAGAGCUGGGUCCCGGCCAGCGUACUGCCCUGUCCCCAUUCUCCACUAACUGUGAUAUUAACAGUCCCAGUGACAAACCUCCAGAGUCGAUCAGUAUGGUAAAUGGAGAGACUUUACAACAGAUACCCACCAGUGACUCCCCCUCCCCUCCCCCGGGUCUAACCAAGCCCAGCCUGGUAGUGCCCAUCAGCGUGUCAGACCUCACGGCCCGUUCGCCCUUUGAGGGUGCGGCAGCUGAGUCCCAGUCGCUCUUUUCAGACAACAGUAACUUCAGACAUCCUAACCCUCUCCCCGCUGGCCUGCCCCCCUUCCCCAGCUCUCCCCGGGGCAGCUCUGACUGGCCCAUGACCCCUGAACCACAGAGCCUCUUCACAUCAGACACGAUACCAGUGUCUUCCUCUACAGACUGGCAGGCCGCCUUUGGCUUCGGCUCGUCCAGCAAACAGCAGGACGACGACCUGGGCUUCGAUCCUUUCGACGUCACUCGCAAGGCCUUGGCCGAUCUGAUAGAGAAGGAGCUGUCGGUGCAGGAUCAGCCCUUGUCCCCAGGGCUUCUCCCACAUGGGAGCAAUCAUGGUCCCAGCCUGCUGCCCCCCAACCCCAGCGCCUCUCACCACUUCCCUAGCGGCCUGCCACGCCUUCCCCAGCUCCACCACAGAGCCGUCUACAGCUCCUUCAGUUUCCCCGGCAGUCAGAACAGCCAGGCCAGUCAGCAGCAGCCAGCCGCCAGACACCCCUGGAUGGGCGUCCCCACACGAAAUAACCUCACACACUUGAACCACUCAGCCAGUGCUGCCUCACACAGUAAUUUACUGGACCUGAAUCUGCCCCCUCAGCACAACACAGGGCUGGGAGGGAUCCCCAUCUCAGAAAACAGUGGCUCUAUAGACGGCUUAAAUGUGAAAGAGUGGCAGGACGGCCUCAGAGCUCUCUUGCCCAACAUCAAUAUCAACUUCGGGGGCCUCCCAAACUCCUCUUCCUCUUCAUCCUCCUCAUCCUCCAACAGUGUUAACCACAUCGGUGGGCCGGCAGGGCCUGCAGGCAUCUCACACAGCCUGAGCUGGGACGGCACAGCCAGUUGGAUGGACCCUGCUAUCAUCACAGGCAUCCCCGCCUCGGCAGGCAGCAGUUUAGACUGUCUCCAGGACGACAACCCACCACACUGGCUCAAGUCCCUGCAGGCGCUCACAGAGAUGGACGGUCCGGCUAGCUCAGUGGUGCCCACUCCCCAGCCCCUCCACAGCGGCCUCCUCGACGCCCACCUCCCCCUCCACCACAGAGCCGCCGGCGGCUGGGCUCCCUACCUGCCCCCUGCCACAGCCAACCCCGCCAGCCAGUUCCACUCCCCUCCCCCAGGCUUCCAGACCGCCUUCAGACCCCCGGGACAGCCCGCCACAGAGCUGCUACAGAGUGCCGCUGUGGACCGCCACUGAAUACAGACUACAGCAGACACCCAUCCAUUCCCCCACUACCACUUUAUACCCACUCAUCCUAUACCCUGCUCCCCUCCCCCGACGCAAUACACACCAAUCUGCAGAGUAUGAAAAUUAUUAACAAAGUAACAAACAUGCUUUCUUCUUUUUCUCUUCCUCCUUCCUUUUUGUCUACUCCGAAGGCCAAUUUGUUUUUGUUUUUGUUUGUGGCACACAAGUUAUCAGUACCCUUUGUCUGCUACCAUCACCACUCCUUAGACCUAGUUCUGGGCGUAUCAUGGAGAUGUUUGGAGAUUCAUCGUGUAGCUUACUGUUAACGGAGAGCACAA